AUGCCGGCCAGGACGCUACCUACAUUUACUCGCGCAGAGGUAGAGGCGCACAACUCGGCCUCUUCUUGCUAUGUCACUAUUGGAUCCAAGGUGUACGACGUGACCGACUUCGUUGAUGACCACCCUGGUGGCGGAAGCUUGAUUGUCGAGUAUGCUGGCAAAGAUGUUGAAGAAAUCCUCAAGGACCCCACCUCACAUCACCACUCGGAGGCUGCCUACGAAGUUCUUGAUGAUUCUCUUGUCGGUUUUGUCGUGAAUGAAAAGUCAGCUGCCGCAAAUGGGUCCGCAAAGCCUGCCAACGGAAAUGGAACUGUCAAGUCCCAAGAUCCUACCUACGUCCAUCCCCGAACCGGCAUGUCCUGCGAAGAAGACCUGAGCAAGGAUACCGACUAUACUCAAGAUUUCAAGAAGCACAAGUUUUUGGACCUGGGCAAGCCUCUGUUCAUGCAGGUUUGGAACGGCGGCUUCAGCAAGGAGUUCUAUUUGGACCAGGUCCAUCGACCUCGACAUUACAGAGGUGGUGCAUCGGCGCCUUUAUUUGGUAACUUCUUAGAACCGCUCACCAAGACUCCAUGGUGGAUGGUACCUACGCUGUGGCUCCCUUUUGUUGCCUACGGUGUCUAUCUUGCCAAUCAGGGGCUCCAGAACCCGAUGGUUGUUGCGGCAUAUUGGGUCUUUGGCGUCUUCUUCUGGACCUUUGUGGAAUACUGUCUACACCGAUUCCUCUUCCAUCUAGAUGGUUACCUCCCUGAUAACCGCGUAUUCAUUACUCUGCACUUUUUGCUUCAUGGAAUCCACCACUAUCUUCCCAUGGACAAGUACAGAUUGGUCAUGCCUCCUACGCUGUUUGUCGUGCUGGCCUCGCCAUUUUGGAAACUGGCACACACCAUCUUCAGCUACAAUUGGUAUGCUGCUACCGCAGUCUACUGUGGUGGCAUCUUCGGGUACAUUUGCUACGACCUGACGCACUACUUCUUGCACCACGAGAACCUACCUUUGUGGUACAAGCAGCUGAAGAAGUAUCAUCUCGCACACCACUUCCUCGACUAUGAACUCGGCUUCGGCGUCACCAGCAAGUUCUGGGAUCAGAUCUUUGGCACGGAGCUUCAAACUCCCAUCAAGACGACAUAA